AUGUUUUCCUCCAUAGCCGCCGCGGCAGGCAACCGCGGUCAGUCCAACUACAGCGCCGCAAACAUGUUCAUGGUCGCUACCGCCAUGGAACGCCGCCGUCAAGGUUUUGCAGCCUCGGUUCUACAUCUCGACGCCGUCCUGGGCGUUGGAUAUAUCAUGCGAGAGUUUGAUGAGACUGUUCUUCCCACUAUCCUCCGCGGAGGAUUCAUGUGGAUGGAAGAGCGCGGAUUCCAUCAAUGCAUUCCCGAGGCAAUUCUUGCUGGAAGACCACAGGCCGGACGCAACCCGGAAAUCAUCACAGGCUUGCGAAGGAUUAAUGCCGAUGUUGCAGAACCUGUGCCCUGGAUAAGGAACCCUCGCUUUCAGCACUAUAUAAACUGGGGUGGUGAUGGAAACUUGAAGAAGAUGAUGCAAAAUGCUGCUGUCCCCGUCAGGGCCCGGCUGUUUGAAGCCGCUUUGCAGCUUCAACAGGACGACAAUUCUGAGCAAUUCAACAUGUCGAAUAUGAGCGCGGAUGAUCUUGGGAUUGAUUCCCUCGUUGCAGUGGAAAUACGCUCUUGGUUCCUCAGGGAAAUGGAUGUCGAUAUGCCAGUACUGAAGAUCCUCGGUGGUGCCUCUCUCGUGGACUUGAUUACUUUUGCGCUUGAGAACAUCCCUUCCGAACUCAUUCCAAAGCUAGCAGCCGUGGAAACCCAGCCAAUGGCUUCCAAUGAGUCGGAGCUGCAAAAAACGCAGCUCAUGCCCUUGGUGGCAUCGUCGGGCUCAAAUGGUUCUGUCCUGGCAAGCAUUGACAACCUCUCUAGGUCUGCAGAGUCAACUAUAGCCAGCUCCUCGUCUGAAAGCCCACUGCCGGAAAGCGAAAGCGAACCUGGGGACGAAGGGCUAAAGUCGCGUUCUUUUGAACACAAGUCAGUACUCCCACAUGAGGUUGAAAGGUCGGUGCCCAUGUCAGCGGGCCAGUCCAGAUUCUGGUUCUUAAACCAUUUCGUGCAAGACCAAACUACUUUUAACAUCAAAUUUUCCAUCAAGAUCAAUGGAGAGUUGAACGAGCACAAACUUGAAGCGGCCGUAAAAGUAUUGGGUCAUCGCCAUGAAGCACUGCGAACCGCCUUUAUCACCGAAGGAGACCAGAAUCUACAGUGUGUCCUCAAAAAUUCCCUUCUUCGUCUUGAAAAGAGGGCAAUACGGGAUAUAUCUCAAGUUAAUCGAGAGUUUGAAUACCUGAGGGACUACAUCUACGAUAUUCAACACGGCGAGACAAUGAGGAUGCUUCUCCUUUCACUAAGCUCAGAGCAAAGUUUUCUCGUCAUCGGGUACAUGCAUCCUGCAAUUAUAAUCCCAAUCCAGGAUGUACCCCUGACCAGCAACGGGAAGCUUGACCGGGCAGCUAUUGAGAAGUUGCAGGUUUCAAACGGCACUGAGCGAGCUACAGGGGCGGCCAAGCUUGGGAACGUGGAAUGUGAGCUUCGCGAGGCGUGGGAGGAGGUGAUUUCAGAAGAAGUCCUGCAACACUGCACCAUCGACCGGGGCAGCAACUUCUUCCAUGUGGGCGACGCCACCUAUCUUGAAGCCGCGGAGACGGACUGGACGGAGGAAACAGCCCUGACCAAGCACGUGGUGGAUGCCGGUCCCUUUAUCUCCGCCGCAACAAAGUCGACAAGGGGCGUCAUAAUCAUGACGGGCGCCACGGGAUUUCUAGGGCUGGAGCUGCUCAAGGAAUUCGUCGAGUCCCCCAGCGUGACCAAGGUUCACUGCAUUGCAGUCCGCAGUCAGGGAAAGCUAGGUUUGUUUCUCGGCUCGCCCAAGGUCACACUCCACCAGGGCGAUCUCAGUGCUCCGCGAGCAGGACUCUCGGUUCAAGCUGCAGAGGCAAUAUUUGGCGAGGCUGGUGCCACUGUCCACAGUGCUAAUGUCGAGGCAACCAAGGAGCUCGCCAGGCUCGCUCUCGUCCAUAAUGUGCCGUUCCACUACAAUUCCACCACAGCCACGGGCCGUCUGAACAACAUGGAUACCUUGUAUGAGAUUUCGCUGGCCGAGAAUAUUCCUCCUCCAGGCUAUUCAGACGGGUAUGUGGCUGGAAAAUGGGCCAGUGAAGUCUUCCUGGAGAAGGUCCAUGAGCGUCUCGGGUUGCCCGUCUGUAUCCAUCGCCCGAGCAGUAUCACGGGCCCGGCCGCAAGCGACCUGGAUGUGAUGAACAGCGUCAUCAAAUUCUCUCGACAGCUCAAGGCCGUACCGACCUCGUCACGAUGGCGUGGUUCACUCGACUUCAUCAGCGUGGAGAAUGCGGCCAAAGGCAUAGCCCGAGUAGUGACGGGAUCUGAUCAGGAGACGAAGCUCAAGUAUCUACAUCAUUCCGGGGACGUGAUCAUUCCCAUUGACCAGCUUGGACAGCACAUGCAGGAGGAGGAUGGAAUCGAGUAUAGGGAGCUGAGCUUGUGGGAUUGGACCGAGUUGGCAGUUGGGUUGUAG